AUGGCUUCCUUCAUUUCCGCUUCAGCUGCCCCAUCAGCCACCUUCCUCUGCACUGUUCCUAAAGCAAAAUUUGCCAUCAGGCAAACAAGUUUCUCCAGCACUUGUGGUCCAUCAGCAAGUGGGCUAAGACUUGUGCCUAAGAUUCAAAUCUCAAAGGCAGCAACAAAAUCAUCUCCAAUUUCUCGUAGUCUCAAAACCAGAAUUUCAUGCUCAGCUCAACCAGAAACUCUAGAAAUUGUCCAGAAUACAAUUGCAAAACAACUGUCCAUUGACGAGGCCACCGUGACACCUCAAACCAAAUUUGCUGACUUAGGUGCAGAUUCUCUUGAUACCGUUGAAAUUAUGAUGGCCCUGGAAGAGAAAUUUGGAGUGUCAAUUGGAGAAAGUGGGGCUGAAAACGUUGCAACUGUUCAAGAUGCAGCUGAUUUGAUUGAGAAAGUGAAGUCAGCUUCAGCGUAG